AUGCGAUACCACUUCCUCUCACUCGUUUGGGCGUUCGUGCUGUUCGCCGUCGCAAUAGCACAGACGGCAUCAUCAACAGCACCUGACUCAACAGUCGCAACUUCGGACUCCGCGACAACUGGGGCUUCACCGACAGACUCGGGCUCCGUUUCAACGAGCACUGACGUUUCUUCUUCUGUUACCGCACCCGCUGGCAGCAGUUCCGGCGGAAGCGGAAGCGGCACGACUUCAAGCUCAACAUCGUCCAGCACGAAUCCCCCUGAUGUGCUUUUGAGAAUUCCACAGCUUUCCGUGGACAGAAUCGAGUUGGACGUAGACAACUUGCAAGCAGAAAUCAAUCUUGCCGCUCAGGUUGCGGGUUUGGUUGAGAUCAAUGCUGGCAUUCAAGUUGGAAUCACGAAAGUCAACAUCACGAUUGCAGAUGUUGAUGCUGAGUUGGAGUUGAUCAUUCGCCUCGGAAACCUGGUGGACAUUGUCAACAGAACGCUGGCCACUCUUGAUCUCAACCCGCUCCUAAUCAAUGUGCUGAACGAGGUUGGUGACGUCUUGGACACGGUAGUUGGAGCGGUCGACGGCUUGCUCGGAUCCAUUGUGAACGGUGAUUCUAAGGUCAACUUCCUGAUCGAUAACCUGGGCAAUAUCGUGCAGGAAGUUGAGGGGACCGCGGGAAGUUUGCUGAGCUCAAUCAUCGGCAACUAUCAGCAGAACAUGACUUACACUGGAGCGCAAACCAUAUUGAAUGGUGGACUUAUACAGAGGACGUAUAAGUAUGAGGCGCUGAACUCGCUAGUUAACAUUAUAACCAAUUCCCUGGGUCAGGUGGUACAAGCGGUGGUAGUGGGAUCUGGCGGUGGAAGCAGCACAACUUCAACGGCGUCUACAGCUAGCGCAACAGCUACAGCCAGUGCGUAG